GGUGAAUUGUCCUUAGGAAGUCGUACAAUGUAGGCAGGUCCCUCGGUGGCAUUCAGUUGGGCGGUGUUCAAUCAGAGAGAGAAUAUCUGAACACGAUCCGAGGAGUGAUCUCUGUGUGUGCGGGAUUGGAGGGCGACAUGUCGGGGCUCCUCUGGAUUCUGGGAAUAUUCACCUUUCUGCAGCACGGAUACGCCGCUGCAUUUCCCAAAGAGCCCCGAGACACGACCAUCAGAAACUGCUCUAUCAGUCCUCCGUACAUCCCACCCACUGUGAAAAAUUCCACUGAUGGACUCAACAGACUCCGCCAAGAGAUGCGAAACCACAACAUCAGCGCUUACAUCAUCCCGUCAACUGACCCCCACCUGGGGGAGUACAUUGCCGACCAGGAAAAACGGAGGCAGUGGAUGACCGGCUUCACCGGAUCCGCAGGUGAUGCGGUGGUCACUCUGACAAGGGCGGCCUUGUUCACUGACAGUCGUUACUGGACCCAGGCCGAGCGCCAGAUGGACUGCAACUGGGAGCUGCAAAAAUCCGUGUCUGAAAUCGUGUUCUGGAUCCUGCAGGAGGGGACAUCCGGAGAUGAGAUUGGCUUCGACCCUUUCCUCUGGUCUAUCAAUGAAUGGGAGGCGUACAACAAUUCAUUCGAAGGUUCUGGGAGGAUUCUGCGAUCAAUUCCCACCAACCUUGUGGAUAAGGUGUGGGGGAGUCAGCGCCCCCCUCUGCCCGAUAAUGACAUUUAUUUUAUCCCGGAGAACUUUCUAGGGAACAGCUGGCAGGAAAAGGUCAUUCAAAUUCGCAAUACGAUGGAAGCGCACCCCCAGAAACCGACUGCGCUGCUGCUCUCCGCUCUGGAGGAAACCGCGUGGCUUUUCAAUCUCCGAGGACAGGACAUUCCAUACAAUCCCUUCUUCUACUCCUAUGGAAUGCUGACCAAGAACUCUAUCAGUUUGUUUGUCAACGUCAGCCGAAUCCCAGACACCGUCCGAAAUUACCUGAGCAUCAACUGUCCCGGAUCCAUGUGUGUCCAGUUCAUUGAGUACGAGAAAGUCCGGGACACCCUGAUAGACUAUGUGAAGGGCGAUGUGAAAGUUUGGAUUGGAUCGCAGUACACCAAUUACGGAGUUUAUGAAACUAUACCUGCGGACAAACUCCUCUCAGAGAACUACUCUCUGAUCAUGAUAACAAAAUCUAUAAAGAAUGAGAAGGAGCAGGAGUUAUUAAAGAAUUGUCAUAUCCGAGAUGCCGUGGCGGUCAUUGAGUAUUUGAACUGGUUGGAGAAAAACGUCCCCAGCAACACAGUGACAGAACUGAGCGGUGCGCAUUAUGUAGAUGGACGACGAGCGAAGCAGGCACAUUCUAAAGGACCGAGUUUUGAAACCAUUUCUGCAGGCGGUUUGAACGCGGCUCUCGCACAUUAUAGUGCGACCAAUGAGACUAACCGGCGGCUGACUGUGAAUGAAAUGUACCUGGUGGACUCUGGGGGACAAUAUCUUGAUGGAACGACUGACAUUACAAGAACCGUUCACUGGGGGAAACCUACUGCAUUUGAAAAAGAAGCUUACACUCGGGUCCUGAUGGGGAAUAUUGAACUGAGUAGACUUGUAUUUCCACAACAAACAUCAGGGAGAGUCAUAGAAGUGUUUGCCAGGCAAGCCCUAUGGGAGGUAGGACUGAAUUAUGGACAUGGAACGGGACAUGGAAUUGGAAACUUUUUUGCGGUUCAUGAGUGGCCGGUGGGAUUUCAGUCCAGCAAUAUCGCCCUGUUCAAAGGAAUGUUCUCAUCCAUCGAGCCAGGCUACUACCACGAUGGAUAUUUCGGUAUUCGGAUCGAGGACAUUGUCCUGGUGGUGGAGGCCGACACUAAGGUUCCAGGAAAAUAUCUGACCUUUGAGACGGUGACAUUGGUGCCAUAUGACCGAAAUCUGAUCGACGUCAGUAUUAUGAACGACGCACAGAUCCGCUAUGUAGACAAAUAUUAUGAGAAGAUCAGACGGAUCAUGCUGCCGGAACUUCAGAGGCAGGGCCUCCAUGAGGAGUACAGGUGGCUGGAGAGGAACACGGAGCCCCUGUCCCCGGGGACCAUUGUCACGGCCUCGUUGGGUUUACUGUCGGCAUCGCUCAUUGUCAGUGUGUUCCUCCAGCAGACGGGAGCCUGACAUCGAUCACUGACCUCCGUACCGAGCUUCACCGCACCACAUCCCA